GAGGUUAAUCCCUUCCUGACUCAGUGUGCUGCUCCUCUCUGAACGCUGCUCUCCGACUCUCUGAGAUGAAUCUGUCGGCGGUUUCUAAGAAGUUGUGGUGCGUCCACAAACUUCUGAUCCUGCUGCUCACGCCGCUCCUCCUCCUCCCGCUCGUCUUCACUCUGCCCGAGAAGGAGGGUAGAUGUCUGUACGUGGUGAUUCUGAUGGCGGUGUACUGGUGCACCGAGGCGCUCCCUCUGGCCGUCACCGCCAUGCUUCCCGUCUGCCUCUUCCCGACGCUGGGAAUCCUUCCCUCCAAAAAGGUGUGCCCUCAGUACUUCCUGGAAACCAACUUCCUGUUCCUGAGCGGCCUGGUGAUGGCGUCGUCCAUCGAAGAGUGGGGGCUCCACCGCCGCAUCGCCCUGAAGGUGCUCACCAUCGUGGGGGUGAAGCCCGCCUGGCUGAUCCUGGGCAUGAUGCUGACCUCCUCCUUCCUCUCCAUGUGGCUCAGCAACACGGCCACCACCGCCAUGAUGCUUCCCAUCGCCACCGCCAUCCUGGAGAGUCUGUUUGGGGACCUGGAGACCCUCAAGGAGAAGUGCAAGGAGCGCCAGGAGCCCGACAACGAGGUCCGUCUUCCUGUAAAGCUGCAUUCACUGCCCUCAGAACACACGGAGAAACAAAUGCUGUCCAUAGAGGGUCCGGAUGUUGAGGAGCAGAGCGACCAGCGCUCGGUGGAGGAAAUCCGCACGGAGUCUGCGUAUCAAAUGAAAGUAUGGAAAGGUUUCCUGAUCUGCAUUCCUUAUGCCGCGAGCAUCGGAGGCACCGCCACGCUGACCGGCACGGCGCCAAACCUCAUCCUGAUCGGACAGCUGAAGAGCUACUUCCCAGACUGCGAUGCGAUAAACUUCGGCUCCUGGUUUGCGUUUGCUUUCCCGCUUCAUGCUGAUCUUCCUGUUGUGGGAUGGCUUUGGAUCGCGUUCCUCCACGGGGGGUUGAACACACGAUUGUGCUUCACGAGGACCGACCACCGAGCGGCGGCGGAGGCGAGGGCAAGGACGAUGAUCGAGGACGACUACAAGAAGCUGGGGCCCAUAAAGGCCUAUCCUCAAAUUACUUCCUCUUUGUCUCUGCAGGCGAUCCACGUGUCGAUCAACCCGCUGUACUUCAUGAUCCCUGCCACCGUGGGGUGCUCCUACGCCUUCAUGCUGCCCGUCUCCACGCCGCCAAACUCCAUCGCCUUCGCCUCAGGACACCUCAUGGUCAAAGACAUGGUGAAGACGGGCAUCGUGAUGAACAUCCUCGGCAUCCUGUGUGUUUCUCUGGCCAUGAACACCUGGGGGGUCGCCAUGUUCGACCUGAACUCCUACCCAGAGUGGGCGCACCCCAUCAACAAAACUCUUAGCGACGUGCACCUGGCUCUCAACGCCACGCUCUGAACACAGAGAGACCGUGUUUUAAAACCAAAACGUCUUUCUGUUCCACAAACACACUCCGGGAGCUCGGCUGUUACCUGUUCGGAUGAAUUUAAUAUGUUGUCACGCGGGGAACUCGAGUUUUACGGCGAUAAAAAUAUGCAAAAAAAUGAUAACUUCUGCCUUCUUGAAAGUGGACAGGAGAGACAAGUCGACCGCCGGACUUUUAAUAUAUGUGUUGAACUCUAGUUAGACGGUGCUGCUCUGUAUUGAUGCUAAAGGCUGCCCCCUGCUGGAGGAAUGAGAGACACCUCUGUGAAUAAUUAUUUUGAAAUAUCUAUUUUCUUUGUUAAAUCACUGAGAGAUCACGUUACCUGUUGAAGCGAUAGUUCAACACGAGGAUGAAGUCUGACGAAUGAAUGUGUGUAAAUGUUACAAAGUGAUUUGCUGUUACAAAUAAAUGUGUAUUAUAAUAAUU